AUGACUUUUUCAUUUAAUCCUACAGCGGAAGACUUUCGCCCUGUGGGGAGCCAAGCCGAAACUCUCGAGUUACCCGAUCCUCAACACGCAUCUACGUGCGACGAUGUUGAGAUCUCUGAAGUCGAAAGGGGUGGCCAGUAUGCCAUGACUGCGUAUCUCAAGGAGAACGUGCAAGAGUUUCGCCACCUUCAGCAAAUGCGCACAAAGGGGUGGGAGAGCUCCAAAGGCGACGCCCACUUCAACAAGCAACGACGAGUCGCAGAUGAGCCCACUGAAAAGGACGCUCACUUCUUCUACAACAUGAUGCACAAGAUAGGACGGGACAUGAACAAGGCCACACGUGCUUUUGACCUGUCCAAUGUCAAGAAGCCGGCCUUGCUGGACAUGUGCAUGGCUCCAGGUGCCUUUCUUGUACAGGUCUUGGACAAGUACCCAAAUGCCCGAGUCAAAGCCAUGAGCCUCCCCCUCAAGGAUGGAGGGCACCGAGUUAGGCUGGGUCACCGCAAUGUCGCCGUCGAAUUCCGAGACAUCACCAUGUUGGCAGCCGACAUGGGCAUGCAGGUGGAAGAUGUACCGGAAGCUGGGCCUGACCCAGGAAAUCUUGAAUUCACAAAGGUCUUUUCUGAUUCUGAAAGGUUCGACCUUGUCUUGUGUGAUGGUGCUGUUCGGCGCACGCAUCAGCGUCCAGCAUGGAGAGAACAUCGCGAGGCCACCCGUCUCACACUCACGCAGCUUGCGAUCGGCCUCGAGCGCCUCAACAACGGCGGCACCAUGGUCAUUCUGCUACACAAGCUUGACAGCUGGCCUUGUUUUAGCUUGAUCCGCAACUUCAGCAAGUUCUCCACCGUCCAGCUGUUCAAGCAUCCUCAGCACCACAGGCUGAGAUCCUCAUUCUAUCUCGUGGCCAAGAACAUCCAGGCCGACAGCAUCUCGGCCAAGGCACUAGUUCUGGAAUGGAAGAAAAAGUACAAGGCUGCUACAGUUGGCACAGACGAGGAGUAUUCAAGCGUUCUACGGGUGAGCAGCCAAGACGCUCAGGCAGCUUUGAAUGAGUUUGGGGAGGAGUUUAUAGCCAUGGGACGCAAGAUCUGGAAGCUUCAGGCAGAGUCCUUGGCAAAGGCUUCGUUUAUGAAGUCUGAAGAUGAAAGCCAGGGCAAGGGAAAUGAAAGCGAGGGCAUCAGCCAGCAAGACAUGUUCUAG